GGCACGGGUGUUUGAAAACGGCUGAUAAGAGUGCAUACCGCGCGCCAUGUGUACUAAGAAAAGUGCAAGCUUUCCGUGGGUCCUUUGUGUUGUUUCGCUUUUCGUCGGACUUGGCCUUUCGUUCGGACGCUGUCAAAAUGCAGAGCCCCGGGAAACGUUUAACGACAAAACUAACGCUAGGAAAAUAGGCGUUUUGCGGGACGACCUGCAGGCUGACGAUUCCGAUCAAUCGUACGCCUGGGAUCUGUCUCGCGAGGGCGUUCUCGAUGAGAACGGCCGUUCUCUCUCGUCCCGGAACGCGGCAGAGGUGCCGGAGACGGAAGCGGAAACGGUACUUCGGGCUGACGGAAAUAGGGACAAGGUCCUCGUUUCACCAGAAGGUGCUUCGUCCAACUCAUCCCUUCGGUCGGCUCUGAAUGUCGUGACAACAUCGACCGGUCGUCGAAAGGGAAAUAGCGGCGAUAGAACGCGUAAGAAACGUCGCCGAGGCAAGGAGUCGAAAGUCGCGGACGUGGACCGAGAACGCGAACCCGGCGAGUCCGUACGCGAGAACGAAGUAAGAGGGAAAAGGGGCGGCAGUCGGUCGAAGAAGUCGAAGGACUCCCAGUGGAGAAGGUAUCGCGCCGAGCGACGAAGAAGAAGGAAGAAUCGCGAUCGAAAACGCGGACGGAAAAGGUCCAGACAGAACGAGGAGAAACUCGGGGGACACAGAAUCACCAAGUUCAAGAGACGAAUGAACGAUGCACCGGCGGCACUGCUCCUCGGGAAGCUCGAGGACAACGCUUCCAACUAUAAUUUUUCGAACAUGACUUGGAGAAACGACCAGUCCCCGUUGAACGGUUCCCUGGUAGACGCGACGAACGUCACCGCGUCGUCCAAUCUUCAGGAUCAAUUGACCACCGAACCGACCAAGCGAUCGUCGCAGACGACCUCGCGUUACAGGAACUACGAGGACACGGUCGAGAGAGAAUUCUCCAAGCAGCUGGAGAAGGAGAUCUCCCGGACGCAGAUGGAGGACCCGGCGAGUCUCGAGAACCGUAUUCUGGGCAGCACGUUGACGAGAACGCCGAGCAAAAGUUCCGAAACGAAGGCGCAGAGCGAGAGCAAUCGGCCGGAGACCAGGUUCGGCAGCUCGAGGUACGACGCCGAGAAGAUGCUGGGUUAUUCGCGAACGGAGGAGGAUCUGCCUAUUCUCGAUCUGGAGAACGAAGUGCUGGCGAGGACGCUCAAGGAUUACAACGCUUACAUGACGUCGGGCUUGAAAUUAUCCAUGUUGCCGCGACACGGGGAAAUCGAGCGACGGAAAUCCGCUGGAUCCCAUCUUCAUGGUAAACCCAUAAUUGACGGAACGGAGUUGAAAAGGCUGGGCGGAAAGAAGAGCACGGAGAUGGCGAACGCCACACCGGCGUACGACGACGACACCAACGGAGAUUUAUCAUGCAUAAACGGGACUUUCCUGCCCGCGCCCCUCGCACGGCAUGCACUGAUCAAAUAUGUAAAGUCGUCGAUACCGGGCCACGAGUAUUUGGAAGCUGAUUACGAGUGCGCUCCAGGAUACUACAUGGUAACCACGACAAGCAGAUUGCUCUGCAGAAAUCGUCAAUGGGUCGGGCAUUUGCCACAAUGCAAAGUGAAGCAAAAACCCGAGGGUGUAUGUAUCGGGGCCUCUUGUGAUCAUGUUUGCAAGGACACCGAUGGCAGACCAAGAUGUUAUUGUUACAAAGGCUAUCGACUAGAAGGCAAUUCGUGCAUCGAUGUGGACGAAUGCGAGGAUAAUGAGGGAGGUUGCGAGCAUAAGUGCGUGAACACCCUGGGAUCCUUUCGUUGCGAGUGUCCAAAGGGAAUGAAACUGCUCCUGGACAGGUUCACGUGCGGGGACAUCAACGAGUGUCUGUUGAACAACGGGCACGGACCUUGUCAGGAUACGUGUCGGAAUACCAUAGGAGGCUAUGAAUGCUCCUGCGACGGUCUACAGGACACUGUCCUCUCGGUUGACAACCACACGUGUCAGGAUGCAGGUCCGUGCAGCAAUAACAACGCUGGAUGCUCCCAUACCUGUCUCUCGACGAAGGGCCGGGUCUUCUGUCUCUGUCCUGACGGUUUCGUUCUGGAGGACGACUGGAAGACUUGCCAAGACGUGGACGAGUGUGCCCAGCCCGACUUACAAACGGAAAUGUGUCGCUACGGGUGUAUCAAUACUCCCGGAUCUUAUCGGUGCGCCGAACCAAUGGAGCUAAAGGAUCAACCGAUACUAGACAGCCUGUCGAUCACCUGCCUCCCCGGUUACGAGGCCACCCCUGAUGGAACUUGUAUCGACAUCGACGAGUGCACGGUCGACAACGGGGGAUGCAUGGAGGUUUGCGAAAACACGGACGGGAGCUUCUUCUGCGCGUGCGACGGUGAUGAGAAAGUGCUGUCAUCCGACGGGAAGUCCUGCGUGGAUAUAAACAGUAUAUCCUGUCCACCGCUAAAUCCAGAGGGUCGAGGGUAUUUAAUAUGUUCUCGUAUGGCGACACCAAAAUCGUGGAGGGGUAGAGUUAGACGAAAGGUGACCAAUCGACCAGGUACCAAGUGUUACUUGAAGUGUCCCCACGGGUACCAACUCCACGGAGAAUACGAAUUAACUUGUCGUUCGGAUGGCACGUGGGACGGGCCGAAGCACGGCGAAUGUGUCAGGUACGGGAAGCCUCGUUUAGAGUGUCCAAAGGACGUGGUCGCCGAGCUACCGCCAAGUCGUGACGAGGCGUUCGUGACGUUCGAUCAACCGUCGACGGAUCUCGAUUGGUUCCGGUACGUUCGCUCGAAACCCUCCUGGGGGACCAGGUUGGAAGCAAGCCUGUUGCCCGGAGUGCACGAGAUCACGUUCUUCGCACGACACCCGGUAUCGAAGAAGCAGGCCAGCUGCGUGUUGCGCAUCAUCGUUAAAGGCGGCGAAGCGCCCAAAGUCAAAGACUGUCCAAACGACAUAGAGGUCAUCGGGAAAAAUGGGUCAGCGAUCACGUGGACCGAGCCAAUUUUCACGGACAAUGUGAAGGUGACCCAGAUUAGAAGCAACGAGAGUCCUGGGCGACGUUUUGACUUUGGCGGGCACAGGAUAGAGUACGAAGCCACCGACGAGGCCGGCUGGUCGAGCAAGUGCGUGUUCACCGUGGUCCUCCGGCAGGAGUGAGUCCUGGCAACCA